AGACUCAAAACUUGCCAAACAUUUGAAUGCAGAAACCACUAGAACAAGCUUUAAUAGUUUUCUCAGUUUAUCUCCCAUUUUUUUGUAUAAAACAGCAAUCCCCUGCGCUGAAGCAUAAGAAAGCUGGAAGUUGCUAAUUGAUUCUAUAGAAUAGUUGGAGAGUAUAUACUAUAUAACAGAGAGAUCAUCAUGGCAGCGAAAACCAACAUGUUGCCUAUAAUCAGCAAGAUGUAUUGUUCUUCUGCACAGGGUGUGUUUGUAGUUAGGAGGAGGCCACAUGCGAUAAAUGGAGGUGGUUUUGUAGUCACAGAUUGUAGUCAGAAGGUUGCUUUCAGGGUUGAUGGAUGUGGAAUUCUGGGAAAAAAGGAUGAGCUGAUUCUGAGAGAUGGAGAUGGAGACGCCUUGCUUCUCAUUCGUCGAAAGGGAGCGAUGGUUGAGGCGCUAAGCAUUUACAGGAAAUGGAAGGGCUAUGCUUUAGACUAUGAAGGAUCACAGGAGUUGGUUUUCAGUUUGAAAGAGCCAAACUCAUGCCUGGCAAGGACUCAAGCAAUCAGAAUCUCGACUAAGAGAACACAAAACAAAGACUGGGACUUCGAGAUAAAGGGCCAUUUCCCGGAUAAGGCUUGUAGCAUUGUUGACUGUAAAGGCAACGUAAUGGCACAGAUAGGAGUGAAGGAGUUGGAGAAGAUGAUGGCAAGUAAAGAUCUGUAUCAUGUUGUGGUGACACCAGGCAUAGAUCAAGCUUUUGUAUUCGGAGUCAUUGCCAUUCUUGAUUACAUCUAUGGUGAAUCCACCAGGUGCUAACUAUCAGAUAUCAAAGAGAAGCUUUCCUUGCUGUGACAUUACAUCUGAGCAGUUCAAUUUUCUGUAUUUGGAUUACGCUCAUGCUUCCUUUUUUUCCCUCUCCGGGUUUUUCUCAAUUCUCAAAUUGUUUUUUGGAUUAUUUUUUGUCCCAACCUGUACUACUUGGGAUCAGCUCACCUGUUAAGAGAUUGUAAUUGUUUGAUUUGUAAUUAAUGAUAUACUA